AACCAAAAAUAUAACCGCGAAAUAAAUAUACUUCCAUACGCGAUACAAGCAAGUCAACACGUUUUGUUUGGCCUGCCUUCCUUGUUCCGAUAUAACAACUGCCGCAAUCCCCGAUUCCGCCGCUGCCACCACCACCGGUCAACGGAAGUCAACGCUCAGAAAACACACGUACAUAUAUAUACAUAUGUAAUAAAAGUUGCAACAAAAUUCUCCCACUAGAUCUGCUGUUGGUUCUCACUAAUUUGUGAGUUUCUUCAGCAAAAGGUUUGGGAUUACCAAAUGUUUGUCUCCGGUCUUUUAGCGUCUGUCGCAAUCAACUUUACACUUUGUACAAUCUUCUUCAUCUUGUAUUCGGUUUUGAGAAAACAACCUGGAAAUUAUAAAGUAUAUGCUCCACGUAUGCUUGCUGAGGGGAGAGCCCAUCGUCCAAGGCGCUUUCAUUUAGACAGGCUGUUACCAACUGCUGGUUGGUUGAAAAAUGCGUGGCAACCUUCAGAAAAUGAUCUGCUAGCAUAUUCAGGACUCGAUGCUGUCGUAUUCAUGAGAAUAAUCAUCUUCAGUUUCAAAGUAUUCUGUAUAGCGGGAUUUAUUGGAAUCUUCAUUUUAAUCCCUGUGAACUGCUCGGGAAAUCAGCUGCAUGAUAUGGACUAUGUAAACAUAGCAAAUAAUACACUGGAAGUAUUUAGCAUUUCGAAUGUAAACAAUGGCUCGGAUAGAUUAUGGUAUCAUUUGGGUGCUGUAUAUUUUGUUACCUUGAUUGUGUGUUAUCUUCUCUAUGCGGAAUACAAAAAUAUAGCUUCAAAGAGGAUUGCUUAUUUUUUCUCAUCAGAACCUCAACCUCAUCAAUUCACUAUCUUAGUUAGUAAUAUACCAGUUUCGAAAGGAAGCAGUGUUCGCAGCAGUGUUGAAAACUUUUUCACGGAAUAUCAUCCUGACACAUAUUUAUCUAGUGUGGUCGUUCAUCGAAAAAGUAAAGUUUGGACUGUCAGUAAUGCUGUGAAAAAUUUAUACAAGAAGAUUAUCAAUCUUAGAAGGGUCCACAAUCAGCAACAAUACAUGCGUGUAGAUCACCAAGAAAAGAUGCCAGACGUGGAGGUGAAUGUGAGAAUUGACAAAUCGAGAGAGGAAGUCCGAGCUGCAUUUGUGUCUUUUAAUUCCCGUUAUGGUGCUGCAAUCGCCCUUCACAUGCUUCAAGCAAAUAAUCCUACUCAAUGGCUAACUGAGCAAGCACCUGAGCCACAGGAUGUUUAUUGGCCAUUCUUUUCUUCAACAUUUAUGGGAAGAUGGAUUUCAAAACUGAUAGUCAUUGUCUCAUGUGUUCUUGUCACAAUCUUGUUCCUUAUUCCAGUUUUUAUUGUGCAAGGACUUACAAAUCUUGCACAGCUGGAAACUUACUUUCCUGCUCUCAAAAACAUUCUUACCAUGUCUAUCGUAAGUCAAGUAAUCACAGGAUACGUUCCGAAUCUCAUACUUCAGGUGUCACUGAAGAUAGUUCCUCCCAUCAUGAAAGUUAUAUCUUCUCAACAAGGCUAUACUUGUGUUAGUGAGAUUGAAAGGAGUGCUUGUCACAAAGUAAUUUGGUUUACUGUGUUUAAUGUUUUCUUUGCGAACGUUCUAUCGGCCUCCGCAUUCAGUCUGGUAUUUAUUAUUCUUGAGAUCAAGGAGAUCCCUUCUAAGCUUGCUGUCUCUGUCCCUGCUCAGGCAUCAUUUUUCAUUGCUUAUGUUGUUACAUUAGGAUGGACAAGCACCUCGUCAGAACUCUUCCGGGUGAUACCCUUCAUAGGGAGCCUAUUAUGUAAACCUUUUUCAAGAAACUCCGACCAUGACUUCACAGUUCCAUCUUUUCCUUAUCAUCAAGACAUUCCAAAGAUUCUUUUCUUUGGACUUUUGGGAUUUACGUACUUUUUCUUGGCUCCUCUGAUCAUUCCCUUUCUCCUGGGUUACUUUGCUCUUGCAUACAUCAUAUAUCGUAACCAGCUCUUAAAUGUUUAUGCACCCAAGUAUGAAUCUGCUGGGAAGUUCUGGCCAGUUGUUCAUGAUUCUACUAUUUUCUCACUUGUUUUGAUGCAAUCCAUAGCAUUUGGAAUCUUUACACUGAAGAAGCUUCCUCAUGCCACCUCUGUAACUUUGCCUCUUCCUGUUCUUACGCUUCUCUUCAACGAAUAUUGUCGAAAGCGCUUUCUACCCAUUUUUACAGCCUAUUCGACCGAGGCUUUACGCAAGAAAGAUAGGGAAGAUCAAUCUCAUCCUGCAAUGCCUCAAUUUCUAAACCAAGUGAGUGCCGCCUACCAUAAUCCAGCACUUGUGCCCAUGUCAUAUUCUGCAAGUUACGACAGUCUUCAUAAACCCCUUAUCCCUACUGCUGAAGUUAGAGGCUAAAAGAAUACUUUAUACUGCAUGACGUGCAAUGAUAAAUCAGGAUACGUGUGUGAAUACUCUUAUUUAUUUUUUGAGACUAGAAAAGAGUCUAUACCAGAUGAUAAGAAACCUCCAUACAAAUUUAAUGUACAGAAGCUUAGGCUGCAUAUUAUGUGCUUAGUCACAUGUAGAUGAUGAUUGAUUUGUAACUAUUUGUAUGAACUUGUCUUCCUUCUUAUAUUGAAUAUAUAUUUAGUGUA